GCGAAUCCACUGUACACCGUAGUGAAAAGGUAAACAUACACACGCACCUGAGUGUUUGUACCUGCUAGACAUGACUGCUUUGUUGCCUUUGUCAGUUUGUGACACAAGUUUACUAAUCCCUCAAGGUAACUGGAACUAAAAAGUGUUUUGGCUAGACCUUUUCUUUUCGUCAUUCGGGCGUGUGUAUUGGAUUUAAUCAGUCUUGGACGUGCACACGCUCAUAAUUCACAGUAUGGGGAACCACACCUGUGUCCAGGUAUGCAGUCUGGUAUUUUUAAUUAUGGUCUCCUUCUUAACAAAAGGUAUACUUAGCGAUCCAUGUCGACCAAUUACAAAUCAAAUAUUGUGGUGUAAUGGGACGGGAAAUUCUGAUAUUAAUCAGACAUUUAUUGACAGUAUUCUAAAAAAUAAAAUUACACCAGGUCUGAAGGAAAUCCAUAUCUUCAAUGGCAACUUUAAAGAGUUACCCCCCAACGCUUUCGGUGACUGUGCUUCGAAACACGGCGUCAAAUUAAAUAGCCUAACAGAACUUGUGUUGUCCAACAAUAAAAUUACUACCAUUCAUGGUAAAACCUUUCACUGCAUGCCGAAUUUACAGAAACUUUUUCUCGACAAUAAUAGAUGGGAAAUUCAUAAGGACAACAAAAACCAUACGGGAUAUUUUAACAAUCUACCAAAUCUAGUGGAGCUGGACUUAACCUCUGCUUUCUUUGUGGCAGAAGGUCUCCAUAUCAUUCGAUUUCGACAAGUGCUUGAAAACAGCAGUUUUAGCAAGCUCGAAACAUUGCGACUUGGUAAUAAUAACAUGCAGUUUGUGGAUGACGCUUUUGGAAAAGCGCUCUGUACUAUGGAUAGCUUGAAGCACGUGAACCUCCAACUGAACAGUCUGUUUAAGCUGGCGUUUACACAUUGUUUCCAAAUGUCUAAAUAUCUGGAAAAGAUAGACCUAUCAAACAACACCCUUUCAACUUUGGACCAGCGAAGCAUGGAUGUGUUUGACUUUAUAAGGGAGUCUAACGAAAACUUCACGGUAAAUCUUCUGGGACAGCAGUGGUCAUGUGACUGCAACAUUAAAGAGUUCCGCAACUGGAUGCAAAAUACAAAAGUUCACCUCAUUGGAAAGGACAAAUACGUAUGUCACGAUGGGGCUAAUUUCAAUAGAAGAAUCAUCCAUCUAACUGAUGCGGAAAUGGUUUGUAAUGACCCAGGUGUUGACAGCUCCGUCCAAGCAGGAGUAGUGGUCAUGAUUGUCCUGUUCGUUUUGAUUGCUGUGGCGCUGAUAGUGGUUGUUGUACUGUACAGAAGCCGUCUGACUUCAUUUGCACGUGGCGUCAGGAAGUCGUUUGCACGGGAAAAUCACGUGCAGUACUCCUCCGUAGACAACGCUCCUCUUACUGCGGAAGCUUGAGCAAAACUUGUUAAAGUUAGUAGCUGAUUGCUUUGUCUUAAAAUCACGUAUGUUCCUCUAGUUUGCUCUUUGAAAUCAUGUGUGACGGUGUAAGCUUAAAUACACGUUGACUGAUAGAAGUAUAACAUGUAUAAUGCAGUAGAUAUAGCUGUGACCUUUGAUGGCUCCAUGGAAGAAAAACAGUACAUGUAUGUGAGAGUUUUGCAUACACCAAAACAGUGGGAAAACUGUACCAGUACCGAAGCAGCAUAUAUACUAUAUAGAAAUCAAUUUAAACAAUAAAAUGCUUUCUUUGUUUGUUAUUACUGGAAUUAACGGAAGCAGCUGUUGCAGAAAAAAUACAUAACCCGCAUAAGUGGGUUAUUUUUAAUUUUUUCUGCAAUAGCUGCGACCAUUAAUUACAGUAAUAACAAACAAAGAAAGACAUUUUAUUGUUUAUAUUUAUAUCUGUUUAAAUAAUCAUUUAAAGUAGGAUUAAAAAGCUUAAUUAUUGUAUUAAUGAUGCGAACGUCUUUAUACGUUUCAUUGAUGGAACAGCAACUGAUCAAGAAAUCUGUACAGGCAACAUGCCUACGGUAGUUCAUGCAGUGAUUAACGCAAUGGGUUUUCUUAAGAAAUAAAGGAGAAAAUAUUCAGUGGAUGUAAAUAUAUAAAUGUAUUCGUUUAAUGUAUUGUUGAUACAAACUAGGGACCCUUUAUUCUUUCAUUUUUUAGCAUAAAGAAAACCAUCAUUUAGUUUAGCAACAGCAUGAACGAAUUGGAAAUUUCAACAAAACCAACAAGCAUCACACAUGCAUGCAACCAUUAAAUCAGAAUAACAUAUAUAUUUCUAUGCUGGAAUUUAAUUAUUCUUUUUAAUGCAUCAUUUUACAUAGCACAAUACUGGUACUGGGAAGUCAAGCUUAUCAGUACUGAGUUAAUUAAUAACUCUUAGUAAUUUAAUUAAUAACUCUCAGUAAUUGCAAAUGCAAAUAAUUCAAAUACAAAUCUGAAAUUCAAUAAAUCCUUUUACUGUAUAGAAUUAUUAAAUACCAAUACCAUACGUCCCGUAGCCUUUGACAGAAAGUAAAAAAUUUAGAAACUGAGCUGUAGUGAUUUACACAGAAAAGGUCCCUGUACUGUUCAGUUUCGCUAGUCCCGUACAAUAAACGAACUUUUCUGAUUACCCAACGAUGUCUUCUCCUGAUAACGUACUAUCUUAUUUUGAAAUCUGUUAAAUUAAUUGGCUUUCAAAACCAUUUGCGUUUUUCAUCCCGCAGCUUGUGAUGUUACGAUUUUAUUUUUUUUUUAAAGGACCACCGUGAAUUUGUUUUGAUGUAGUUUUUGGGAUUUUUUUCAGCCAAAUAUUUAUAUAUGUUUAUUAGUCCUCCAAUGAGAGAGAUAGUCGGCCCGUACAUUAAUUUUGGAAUGCAGGUAAAUAUUAAUUCUUAUAAUUUUGUUGCAAACUUGUGUGAUAACAUGAAUAUAUUAAUCAAAGGGGCAUUGAAUCAUAUACAUGUAUGUUAGCCGGGGGAUUUCUGGUUUAGUUGAAUAAUUCCCCUCCAUGGAAACUUAAAAUUGAUCGCAGAGAGCGUACGUAGCGGACCGAAAACCCCUGGGGUGCGAAUAUGGACUUGAAUAUCUGUGAACAGGAUGUGAACAAGAUGAAAUGAUGUCAGGAACAAAAGUGAAAAUAUAUAUCACCAUUAGCAUUAGAAUAGAAGUUCUGCUAUUGCUUACAGAAAUGCAUGAAUUUUGCCAGAAUUAUAUACCAGUCCCUUCCAUAUUAACGUUCCCUCCUUCCUGCUUCCAGCAUUGCUAAUGAAUUAAAAAUGUCUUGGUAAAGUUUAUAUGUACAUGUUUAUUAGAUGUUAUUUCAUUGUUCAUCUUUAUUUUUAUAGAAAAACCUCAUAGAAAAUAUUUACAUAUUUGCCAUUUCAUUUUUUCCUGCAUAAUUUGUAUUUUUAUAUACUAUGAAAAUAUAUUUUA